AAGAAAAACACGCGUUGUUUUUGUCCCACGCAUGAUUGCAAGCAAGCGAAUUCGCGGAUGCGACGAGUGUUAACCAUGCCUUACUGCUCGGACUUUUCGUAGAUGUAACACAUUAGAAACUCUUGAAUUGUCGCGCUUGUUGUAACUGGGCAGUGUUGUGGAGUCCUGUGGGUUUCUCCGUCUGUAUCAGAUCCAUUCAACUUUACAGGGGAGAUCAGCUGAAUGUGUUCUGAUCAUUAACUGCGUGAAAGCGACAUCAGCUUACAGUUUAACAGGUUAAGGAAUGCCAGUCAUUCUGUCUGCAGGUGUGACAUGGAGAAUCCUGAGGCACCCAGAUUAAAUGUUGAAACGGUGAACGAGAUGCAUAACAAAGUAGAAGUCAAACCAAAUUAUGUGGCAAAGCUGCUUCAGGACCACAACGAGUACACCUGCAGCGUUUGCGGCGUCAGCACCUUCUCGCUCGCUCGGAUGAACAAACACAUGCAGUCCCACGACCGCGAUCGCCCGUUUCCCUGCGAGCUCUGCGGCAAGCGCUUCGGCUGUCGCAGCCAUCACACAGAGCACCAGCGCGUUCAUACGGGCGCUCGGCCGUAUACCUGUGACCGCUGUGAAUGGGCCUUUACCACCCGCCACAACCUGAAACGCCACCAGCUCGUCCAUGAUAAGGAGGAGACCUACAGCUGCAAUGUGUGUGGCCUUCUCUUCUGCCAGGAGCAUCAAAUGAGGAGCAUCAUGAGGGUCCAUCAUGAGCAACGCGGGUCUCCAAUCCGUCCAAAACUCAAGAAUAAAACCAAUCAGAACAUGGACCAGAAGAAGAAAAUACACAAAAGCCUCAAGAAACUUGGCAGAGAUGCUUUCGAAAGGCUGAACACCAGAAUCCAGAGGAUUGCUUAUGACAUUGAGGUUGUGUUGUGAAGAAUAUCGACGACAUUAGUGCUAGGCAUCAUACUUUAGGCUUUUUUUGUGGCCAGUGUGAUUGCAACAAUCGCAAACAUGUCUUUUCGUCGUGUUGAUAAGGAGCAGGGCUGUUGGUUUUCCCAUAUUUAUAUAUUCUGCAACAUCAUAGAGCUUCUGCUCUAACAUUGUCGCAACCAGAGUUGUAAUGCAAGUGAUGUAGUUUUGAUAUGUCGCUGCUCUCGUGUUCGGUAUAAACGCAUUGCUGUAGAUCAUUUACAGUUUUAGGUGACAUUUUCUGUAUUAAUGUAUUAUUCAGUUGCGGUUUGGCCACAGGUGUUUGUAUUUCAACUAAUUUACUAAAUCUCAUGACAGUGUGCAUCUACUCAUUCGUUAAGAAUAAUCAGUUCUUCUGGUUCGCGUUCAAAUCAAGUUCAAAAUAUAAAGAGAAAUGAAAUUGUUUGAGGAAAUGAUCAUAAACUAGAUGUCUUUGAGAUAAAAUCGGCAGUAAAAAAAAUACAAAGGAACGUUUUUGUUGAGACUCUUGUGCACUUUUAGAUUUAAAUCCAUCAAUCUAUAGGAAACCACAGAGCGGUUAAAGAAAACGGUUAAAAGCUGGAAUUCUAGCUAUAGCCGCUAUAGUAUAGCGAUGCAGAUCUAAGACAAUGAGGAGCAUUACUAUAUAAUGUCUUAAGUGAUUUUCUAAAGACGCUGGAAUGGACAACAGUAUCCAUCAGAAAUGUACGUCUUUGAUAUUUCUAUAAUGUGCUCUAAGCAGUGCAUUUAUAUAAUGCUCUUCACUUUAGACUUUUACAUUAAGUAGUUUUCUUAGCAUAAAAAGUUCUGCUUUUAUUAUUUAAAAUGUUUUUAUUUCUGCUUCUCAAGGCCUGUUUUUGUCGUGCCUGUAUAAAGCACUUGAAUAUGACAUGUUUGAUGUAAAUAAACGUUUUUUUCUCAUGGUAUUACGCCAAAACAAAACUUUGUGAAUUUCACGCUCCCCGUGUAUUUGUUCUUUCACUUUCACUUGAAAGUACACUCUGUUUUUAUUGGAGGUUGGCAUCGGUAAUACCAUAGUAACUGCAUGGCAAUGUGCUGAAAUCUAUCCGAAACAUUCUGGCAUUGUAGAUGUCACUAUUGCACAGGUAACCAAUCACAUUUCAGUUCUUAUCUUAUGUGAUGACUCUUCACCACCACCAGAUGGC